AGAUGAUAAAAUAAAAAACACCGAACUUCUAAAAUUAUUCUUGUGAGAGAUGUUGGCACAUGGGGGUACAGAGGAUUAUUUUUGUAGGUUGGCGAUCGAUGGAUGCAGGAUGCUAAAGCGUAAUUGCGGUUUUAUGCAAUGUAUAAACAAACACACACCUCAUUUACAUAGACAAACAGGGAACUACCGGAAAAGUUGUGUUCCUGAGCCCUUUACAAACAGCUCAAAAAGCUCAUCCCAAAAUGUAAACUGUCAUCCUUUACUCUGUGAACCUGUGUGAUUUGUUUUUCUGUUAGACACAACAAAAACUUUUUAAAGAAUUGUAAUGGUGGCUAUUUCCAGUAUAAUAAUGUUAUAAAACAAGUCCAUACGUCUUGCAUGCAGUAUAACCACAACAGCCAUGCGAUAGCUCUGUGUCAGAAACAGACUCAUAUUUAAGUCACUUAAUACUGAUUAUCUUGUAAUUGCAUGCAAAACAUUCUUCAAACACAUCUACACACUCAAAUUUGUAUCACAUGAACCAACUCAUACACACCGUACGCCACACACACAUUAUUCCAGUAUUAGGCCUUCAAAUGCAUACGCACACUUACCACCGCAGGCACACAAGGCACCGCGUGGUGCAUUUGGUACAAAAACACAGACACACACGUACACGCAGGCAGAACAGGGCUGUCUGUGUUAGAUCAGGCACUGAGGCUUCCCGCAUAAUCCCCGCACAUAAAUUCCUGCGUGUGCGAGAUUAAUUUCAGAGGAAAAGUGCCCAGAAAAGACAGAUUCAUCUUAAUGUUUAUUUGAGUUCAGCCCCAAGUUAGAGACCCCUCCUAGGGCUCCAAAUGAACUUGGUUUCUCUUACACAAACACAUACACAGAUCAAGGUGUGUUUGUCUUUCCUACCCCAAAAUUUGGAACAGGUAUCGCCACCCUCAAAAAGCUUCCACAUAGACCUUGAAGAGAUGGAUUUGAGGGCGGCGUCUCUAAACGUAAAGUGUGUAUCUGCUUGUGUAUGUGUGUUGAUAACCUGAGAGUUUCUCUCACUGGGAAUCAGUCUGUCUCUGGUUGUCGAGCUGGUCGUGAGGACUCACGCUACAUUACAAUAUGACAUUGCUGGGGUUUGUGAUGCUAUUAUGCAUCCUGGGAGCUCAAGCCACCGUGGAUCUGAGAAACGCGGCCGCCAUGGCUGCAGGCUUGUGUAACACUAAGCCCACUGAUGUGGUGUUCCUCAUCGACAGCUCUCGAAGCGUACGCCCCUCUGAGUUUGAGCAGGUCAAGGUCUUCCUCACCAAAGUCAUUGAUAGUUUGACCGUUAGGCCUGACGCUACUCGCGUGGGCGUUGUGAACUAUGCCAGCCGGGUGAAGAAUGAGAUCUCACUGAAGUCCCACAAAACCAAGGCUGGACUUGUUAAGGCUGUGUCCAAGAUUGAGCCACUGUCCUCUGGUACAAUGACCGGCCUUGCCAUGCAGUUCGCCAUUAAUGUGGCCUUCAGCGAAGCAGAAGGCGCACGCAAAUCCCCUGGCAUCAGCAAGGUGGCCAUCAUCGUGACCGACGGCAGACCUCAAGACAAUGUCCGUGACAUCGCGGUCAAGGCACGGGAGGCUGGCAUCGAGAUCUUCGCCAUCGGAGUGGGCCGCGUGGAAAUGACCACUCUCAGACAGAUGGCCAGCGAACCACUUGAGGAUCACGUCGAUUAUGUGGAGAGCUACAGCCUCAUUGAGAAGCUCACCAAGAAGUUCCAAGAGGCCUUCUGUGCGGUUGUGUCGGACCUAUGCGCGACAGGCGAUCAUGACUGUGAGCACAUUUGCAUCAGCACACCUGGAUCUUUCAAGUGCGCCUGCAGAACGGGCCACAUACUCAUGAACGACGGACGAUCAUGCAGCGCUUGCAGUAACGCAGCCACAGAUGUGGUCUUCUUGAUCGACGGCUCAAAGAGCGUUAGACCUGAGAACUUUGAGCUGGUGAAGAAAUGGAUCAACCAGAUAAUAGACAAGCUGGACGUCUCCGAGAACAAUGCCCAUGUCGGACUGGUGCAGUAUUCCAGCUCUGUGAAGCAGGAAUUCCCUCUGGGACGCCACAACAACAAAAAGGACCUUAAAGACGCUGUGAAAGGAAUGGAGUACAUGGAGAGGGGAACCAUGACUGGCCAGGCCCUCAAUUUUCUGUCGGACAACAGCUUCACUCCUAGCCAGGGUGCCAGACCUGGUGUCACAAAGGUUGGUAUUGUCUUCACUGACGGAAGGUCACAAGACUACAUUGUAGACGCAGCCAGGAAGGCCAAGGAGAACGGAUUUGAAAUGUAUGCUGUGGGAGUUGGUAGUGCUAUUGAGGAAGAGCUGAGGGAGAUUGCUUCUGAACCUGUCGCUGACCAUUACUUCUACACAGCUGACUUCAAAGCCAUGAACCAAAUCGCCAAGAAGCUGCAAAUCAAUGUUUGUCAAGUGGAAGAUCCCUGUGAAUGUAAUUCAGUUGUCAAAUUCCAGAAAAAGGUGGAGGAGGCACUACAGGCAUUAACAAAGAAAUUGGAAGCUGUGACAAAAAGGAUCGCUGCCCUGGAGAACAAGAUCGUUUGAGACGGCACCAAGAUCUAAUUCUCACACUAUCACCCCUUUCUUUCAUUGUAAAAAAAACCUUGAGCAUCCUGUGACCUCUGACCCCUGCUUAACUUUCUCUCCUCCCCUCUGUGUUCUGUCUUCAUCACUAUUGUCCAUGGGGACCAUGGUUUUCCUGUCUACAUGUGCUUUGAAUUAUGGUCACCCUAAAAAGAAAGGGGUUGGUUUUAAACAGCCAUCCCCAUAUCAGGACUCCAGCAUAGAGCAAUAAUUUAUCACAGCCAGGAAUCUGUAUGCUUGAAUGAAAGUCUUCCCUAUGGUUGUGCAUGUGUACUAACCUGCAUAAGAAAGUCAUCCUUUCUGGGGAAGUGAUGUGAUAUUAAAUCUAGUAGAGGUUUCACUCUGUACUUUUCUUCAUUCUACCUUUUAUCGAAUCUCUCAUUCCCGAUUCUACCAUUUCCCCCCCCAAUAAUGUUAUCGAUUGUUUUAUAUGGAAUAUAAAUAAGGGUAAUUUAAUAUAAGAUUGGACUUGAAAUACAUGUGUGAAUGCUUGUUUAUUAUUUAAAACACUCCAUUAACUGAGCACACACAUACAGACACACAAACACAUUAGACACAGGCAAUCAUCCAUUCAGCAAGUGUUAUGAUAACUGCUUGUGUUGAUGCAAUAAAAUCCCACUUUGUGUCUGUU